AUGGGAUAUUUUACCAAGAACCUGUUUGUUAAAGAAAAUCUAGUAGAUUCCAUGAAAAGUGACACUUCUCCUUACCUCCUCUACCCAAGAACAACCUCAACAACCAACACCAUGUGUGGCAGCUACUACGGAGGCUCUGGCUACGGCGGCUGCGGUUACGGAGGCUGCGGUUAUGGAGGCUGCGGCUAUGGAGGCUGCGGUUACAGAAGCUGCAGUUACGGAGGCUGCGGCUAUGGAGGCUGCGGCUACGGAGGCCAGGGCUGUGGCUAUGGCUCCGGCUAUGGCUGUGGCUUCCGCAAACUGAGCUGUGGCUCCGGCUGUGGCUACGGAUACGGCUCCCGCUCUCUCUGUGGCUAUGGAUGUGGAUCUGGCUGUGGCUCUGGCUAUGGCUGCUACUAA